AUGCGCCGCACAGCUUUGCGGCGUGUCUAUGAGAAGUUUGAGGGUGGUAUCUCUGGUGAUAAAGGGUACAUGACAUAUCAGCAAGCAUGUUCUAUAUUUGGGUUUCAGAUGAAUGAUAGGCUGGAGGCGAAGGAGAUUAAAAAACGUUUUAACAAACUUGUGCUUCAGUAUCACCCCGAUCAUGGAGGCACAAGUGAGCAAUUUCAACUUCUCCGUGAGGCGCAUAAACUUUUACUGACACAUAGGCAUGAUAAAGGAGAGAAUGCUCAUACGAAAGGUACUGAAGUGAAGUUUAGGCGUAUGCAUUACGAUGAAAUGACAAAUACGAUCCAUCGUCAGACUGCAGAUAAUAAAGAAUACCGAUCUUUUGGUAUGCGAGAUUUUGUAUUCUUCUUUUUCUUUGUAGCAUUUAUUUUCUUCUUUUACUUUUAUCGAGCCUGGCGAACGCAGAUGCAAAUACUUCGCAGUCGUUGGAGUUAUACAGAAGAUCGUUUAACUACGGAAGGAUCCCGCAAUGAUGUGGGGGCAUGGCAUCCCUGGAGAUCUGAUCAGGCAACUCGUGAUGUUAUGGAUGAUAUUGGUGUUUUGCAGGGAAGUAUCAGACAGGAGGUGUUAGAGGAGAAGCGGCGACAGGCGCCUAUGGUGUAUGUACCUUGGCAACCUGGUGGUCCUUUUGCCCGCGGUGAACGUAAAUCAACAGCAGAAGAAGGGAAUUGA